UGAUGUCUGAGCACCUCUUGCAAACCUGGAAUGUGAGCUGCAUGUUGGGAGGCAGCGCAGCAGGUGGAUUUGGAUAUGGCUCUGAAUGUGUUCAGAGGUAUUAAUGCAGAGAUGAUGUGACAGCUCGGCUUUAGCGGGGCAUUUGGCAACUGUGUCUGUCACAGAGUGUUUAGGGGCUGGCAUUGCCCUGAAGCUAUCUCCUCCUGCACCCCUAGGGAAAUCUCUGGAGCUUACAAGGCUGGGGCCUUUGGAGAGUAACAGGGAGAUGAUGGGCUUAAGGUUGCUCUAGACCACUGUUGAAAGGCUUGAGGAUCCUUUGGAACUAAAGGAAAUAAUCUUUUUUCCAUCUUUGCUCUCAAUCUCUUGUCAGUCCCAAACCAAAAAUCUGGCACUAAGUCUGGCUCCAUCCCCUUUGCAUCCUUCUCUCAAGUAUUUGUAUACAUUGAUGGGAUUCCUCUUAGAGCUGCUGAGUUGACAUAGUGUACAGAUAUUCUCCAUACUUCCCAGCUGCCCUCUGAGCAGGACUGGGGUUUAGACCUGCAUUUUCAGAAAAGAUGAGUGAUGUAUGCAUUUACAAACUUCAUGCAUCCAUUUAAGAGAUAGCACUUGAUGGAGAUGAUUCAUAAGCAAUUCAUUAAAAAAAUUGAUUUAUGUUUUUCUGCUGAGCUUGCUGUCUACAGACUUACCUAAGAUCCUGUCACACAGUGUUUUAGCUCUUUCACUCCAGCAAUAAGCAAUCCUCUCAGCUUGUUGCUUGCAUUUGAUUUUCUGGUAGUUCAUAGGACUUGUGUCUUUAAGAAAGUGUAAUCUCUUUAUACUGGCUUAAGCACAAGAGAAUAUGAUUAAUGUAAAGUCAGUAGGAGAACUGAAGCAAAGGACAGAGGUGCUGUUAAAGCUGGUACAAGCAAAUGUAAAGCAGUAAGAAGGGAAAGCCACUCUUUUUUCCAGGCAGACUUUUUUUUCGGCAAGUAAAACUCAGUUUUAAUGGUAAAGCAUUAUGCAGUAUAUUAGCAUCUUUUAGUGUAUUUAGUAAACAUGUCACCUCUGUAACUGGAGAUUUAAUCACUGUAGUCUGUGGUAAAUCCUUUUGGAGAUGUGAGGAAGUGCUUUGGGUGCGUUUAUAUUACAAACUUAAAUUUAGGAGCUGUGGUGUUGCAGACUUCCUGGUGAUUGCUGUAGAGUGUUCCUUCAUUUGUUAAGGAAAUAAAAAUGUACAUCAGCAUUUUUAUGAGCGACUCAUUAGGGAUGAGCACAGCACCAAGAUGAUGAGCUGUCAUCUAUUGUUCCAGCUGACAAAUUAAGCCAUUCUUCUACUGAUAUAUGCAAACCUUAUCCAAGUAUCCCUGCAGGCAGAAUUGCACAACAUUCCACCCUCCUUAUCACAGCACUUCUCCCCCUUGUCUGUCAUUUUGAGAGAUUAACAAACUGUUAUUGUGGAUGGGGGUUAAAGAAAAUUGCCUCGUUCAGAAGAACUUGUAGACCUAAUAAAAAUUAAGCUGUAUCAUGCUGACUGACACCAAAGCUGCAUAGUAUUUGGAAAAUUUAAAAGCAGAAUGAUAUUAUUAGGGGGAAAAUGGUUAUUGUGCAUCUGUGUGCCCAGCCAGUAUCUGAAGUAGUAGUUAACUGAUAAUCUAUGAUUAUAGUUAUGUUGGAGUCUGUGGAGGUUAAUGGGCUUCUGCUGUCUGAAGGAACACUUUCAGUGAGCUAUGCCUGGUUACGCAGGGUUGAAGAGACCUGCUAAAAGCCCUGCUUACAAGCCUUACUAGUAGUCUGGGUGAGUCUUACUGUUGCACCUCUUACUCAAGUGUUUUGUGCCCUCAGAGGGUGAUGCUAUCUGUAGAAGGAGUCGAGUUUUAAGACUGCAAUGGGUUUCCCAUGUUCUGUUGUCUCUUUUUGACAGAGAAACUGACAGGUGAUUGAUCUUGAACAAAACUUUGUACCUCUGGUAUCUCCUCUGUGCAGACACUACAAGUGAAGAUGACUGAGUACAAGUGGAUGAGUAGGCAGUGGAUCUGGGAGCAUUUCCAUGUUUAUCCCUGCAAUCUAAACUUCAGCAUUAUGAAAGAAGCCUCAUCUACAAAAGCUGUGUGGCUUGGCUCACAGGAGAAUAAAAGGAGAUAGCCCUCUUAGCCUGCUGUAUGUUGUAGAGAGCAAAGUCCUCGAUGCCCUUCCUUGCCAGACAUUUUAUUUUUCAUUUGGCUGCUGGUUCUCCUCAUCGUUGCACAGUUUGUAAUACAGCUGUCAUGGUCUGUUGCUAUGAUAGAUGGCAGCAGUAGAUCUUUGUGCCUCUGUACUUAGAUAACCACUUGAGAAUGUGGAUAGGAAGGAGGCAAGAGGUGUCUUGUGCCUUCCCUGCGUAUGUUUGCAGCAGGAGUCCUGACCUUGCUGAGACUGGCUGGAUGAGCAGGACCAGGAAGGAGGAACUUGAAGUGGUGGCUGCUGCAACUAGAGCUGAGGGGUAUUGCACAGUGUAUAGGGGAAGAGUGUGAAGAACACUGGUGGUGUGGGCCCUGCAGUUUCCAGUCCUGAAUGAAGUCCUAAUUGUAGUGUCCAUAUUUUUAAGGCCUUGCCUUCAGUGAUCACAGCAAUGGUAGGUGUAAAGGAAGAACUGAAUGUGUAUGCAAGAGCACUUGUGGUCUCUGUGUGCAUAUGUGAGGCAUUUUACGAACUUAAGAUUAAAUAAAAACGGGGGUUGGCCAGUUCUGUUUUCCUGGAUAUGUAUUUAUUGUUUAAAAGGCCUAUGAAUUUCCUUCUUUUGAUCAAAGGGAAGAAACUGGGUAGAAAUUGGUGGACUGCAAUCAAUAUUGAUACCUUUGCAGUUGAGAAACAUCAGCAGCUAACCUGUUUUUAGAAACUUGGAGAAUUCAGAUAUACUAACUGGUGUUAAAACAGCUAGAAUGUGUUUUUCCAGAAUGUGCAGCCCUGGAUCUCAUUUGCUCCUUGCUGGACUGUUUUGUCAGAUCUGAAAUGUGCUAGUGGUUCUCUGGUUGUUUGCCUGUCUUAAUAUGUAGAGAUACUACGUUUCCCCUCCUCCAUUAUUCUGCCAAGGAAAUGCUAACAAAUCCUUCUCUUUUGCAGGAAUUUUUUUGGCUGCCCAUGGUACCCAAGCUAUUGCCCCGGUAUAUGUAUUCUUGUGAUGUUCUGGAUUUAGUACCAGUGUCACACGGGAGGAGCAGUGGCUGAGGGAAAUCAAGUUACAUGCGUAGAUUCUGAGUUGGAAGAGACCCACAAUGAUCAUCUCCAACUCCUGGCCCUGCACAGGGCAGCCUCAGUCAGAUAAGCAGCCUAUUUAACUACUGAAGCUCCAAGCAUUUUCUGUUUGUCAGCCCUGUGAUCAUUUUGUGAUAUUUAAACUUGAUGGGGGAAAAGCUGAUGCCUUGCAGGAGGCCUGUGGGCUGUCUUCUGGAGGAAGCCUUCAAAGAUAGCUGACCACUCUGAUGUAUUCUGAAUGAUGGCUUUUUAGCAGAAAUCUUUGUUUAACAAAACAAAACACCAGAGUAAAUGAGUUUUCUUCCAGAAGAGCUAUCUUAGUAGGAUUUUUAAAAAUUUAAAUUAUCUUCUUUGUCCUGAGAGAAAUAGUCAUUGACUAUCGUGUCUGUUCCUGAGAAAGCUACUUCCCAAAAGCCAAGCUAUGGGGCUGGCUGCUUGCUAGCAAAUCCCUUUGCUUCAGUAAACUGAUAUCUUAUUUUCUGUUUUCCUCUAAGUCUCUCAAAGUGGUGCUAUAUCCAUGGCAAAUAGUUGGAUUAGUUAUGACUCCUGGGCCAUCCAGCAUGGAACUGAGUGCAUUCUAAGGGCUGGGACUGGUGAAGGGCUUUGGCUGGAACAGGUCACUGAGACCAUGUAAUUCUUACCAAGGGAUGAUGUUAAAUGGGGUUAUACAUCUCUAAGGAUGAUGUCUGAUGGGGUUCUACUGGGGCACUUGACUUUAAUGCCAUUUGCUGAGUAACUUUUCUUUGAGUUCUGCAGAACAGCUCUGACUUUCCAUCUGACACUGAAAAUUUAAUCAUUGUGCAAAAGAAACUCUAUGCUCUGUUAGUGUAUCUCACUAGAGGUGAAUUGAUGGUAGUUGCUUUUCUACUUAAAACAGCCUCUGCACGCAGCUGUGCACCCAGGAAGCUGGAGCAUCACUUUGGGGAGUACAUGUGACAUUUUUUCUUUGCAAGAAUGAUGUAUCAUAAAUGAAACUGGAGCUGGACUUUACUUCUGCACAUUAUUUGGAUACCUGCUAAUAACUCCCAUGAUUGCUAAUGUUUCUCAGGGUUAAAAAUGGCUAUGGAAUCUAUCAGAAGCUGUAAAAGCAAAGGGAAUCUGCCUUACUGGAAGGUAAGAUCUGAAUCUCUCCAACUCUGCAACGGCUCUGAUCCAUCUCAAGGUACUGGCCCCAGCCCAAGAAGCAGUUUGUUCUUUUCUGCAUAACACAGUAUUGUCAGGGUGCCCAGAACAUGAAGAUGUAACUUUCCACGUUAAAAAAAGAAAAAAACGCAAGCCCCCUCAGCAGCUGAAGUUACUAUGUGUCUCCUUAAACUGAAAGGGAGCAUCUUUGAGCUGGAGAGUGGCCUGUGAUGAAGGCACAUGAGGUAAUUCUUGGGCAAUUCCUGUGCAGGGCUAAGAGUCGGAGUUGAUGCUCCUUGUAGGUCCCUUCUGACUCAGGGGACCUGACUUCUGUUAAGAAGUGCUACUUCUGUAUAGCUUGUGCUGCUGUCUGCUUCAAAUGUUUAUUUUUAGCAAAAUUUUAUUGGCUUGAUGUGUAGGAAAAAUAAAUACAACAUAUUAGUAAAAUAAUUGCCAUACCAGUGCAGCCUGUUGCUCCAAAGAAAGGUUUUCUGAUUAAAGGUCCAGUGCUGUCUCUCAAGGAUGUACAGGUGUGUUUCCCCUUCAUUAGAUUAGUACACACAUAAAGGAAAUGUUAAAAGAGCCACUAUUACUACAAAUUACUGUGUCCAGACACCAACAGUUAGAAAAUUCACCUAGCAUGGCUGGCCUGUCACUUGACACAAGCAAGUUGCUCUUUCCCUCCCCUGGCCUGUUGACUUUAAAGAACUUGCUGUAACUCAGUGCCUUGCUUGUCUUAAAGGCCUCCAGAAGAAAAAAAAAAACAAACUUUUUGAUGUUCAGAGCUAGAAACCUCUUUACUCUCUUAAUCUGUAUGAGAUAAAAAUAAGAAAGAAUGAAAAAUAAGUAAAGAGUGAAAAUCUGUCUCAUGGCAAGGUCGCUGCUGUCAGAUCUUUGCAUUGUUGGUGCAGUACAACAGCAGGGGCACUGGAUUAUUACAUGGGAGGUCUUGGCUUUUCACUGGACAUUUAUACAGUUAAGUGAGGCUGUAGGGCCCAGAAUAAUUUUUACCCUUUGUGCAACAUAAUUUGAGGGGAAAUUUUCCUUCUCCUGGUUAUGAGUAGUAUUUACUUCUUGGUGCUGUGUAUGGAAUGGCAUCUAUGGCAUUAAUAGAUGCAGUAUUAUAUUCAAUACUCUUCUCUUCUGCAAUGCAGUAUUGUAUUCAAGAGUUAGAGCUCAGGUGAGAUAGAGACAGUAUCUGCUACUCUCUUCUCCACCCUCUACCUUAAUGUGACUCUGAAAUGGGGCAUGUCCUGCUGCUCAGGGCUUGUCCUGUCUGGGACCAAAAGGUUGGUCAAAGCCAGGGUGAGAGGAAGUAACAAAUCAUGGAGUUUGCUGGCACUCAUCUAUUGAUCAGCUGUGACUUUUAUCAGGGACUGCAUCUCUAAUUUCUCUAACAGUGAAUGCAGGCUGUGAGCCUGAGGCAGGCUGUCUGCAUCUCCUCUCUUUAAGAUGCUCUGCAAGUGCCUCUGACUGUAUAAAGCUAAGUGAGCCCAUGUCCUGUGGUGUGACCUGGCCUAUAGCACAUCCCAGGUUUCUGACUGGGGAUGGGAAAGGACCAUGUGUCUGCACAUUGUGUUUCUUCUGAACAUCUGCAUUGGGAAGGGCUGACAUCCAACAACUACAGCAUCAAAAUCUAUUCAUGUGGGAUGGCACAGGUUAAAUCAGGAGCAGAUACCUCAACAUAUAUAGCAUACAUGCCAUACAGCAUGUACAUGUCUGUGUUGGUUAUAGGAUAUCCCAAAACCACAGAUGGUUUAGCAGCUGAGAUUCUUCCCUGAAUUCUAAUCCUGGAGGGCGAGGCAAGAUGAAGUAUAGAACAAUAUGAGGCUAAACUGCUUUCCUGUGGGCAUUGCAAAACACAGGUUCUUUUGGAGAACUGUGUAUCUGUACAGGGAGAAGGGGUUUCAAGAGAGAAACAAGGACAUAGGGAGCCAGAUAAAAAAAGCUUGCUGUGGGAGCACUAAGCAGGAGAUGAACAUGGAUCUGAGCUGUGUGACACAUUCCUAUGUGUCUGUGUUGGGCAAGAAGGAGCUGGUACCUAAGAGGCAGGGCAGAGGCUGUUUUUGCCACCUCUCCAAGAUGCAGCAAAGUAUGAAGGCAGGCAGAAUUUUAUUCUCUAACUUUGAUCAGCAAUGGCCCUUUAAGGCAGAGCAAGGCGUGCAGUAUGGACACUGCCCAGUCCAAACCCAGCAGCCACGUGAACUGUCCCCAGGUGGGCAGUGCCAGGCUGGCACAGCAAGGCCCCCUCACCCUCCCCGAUGACAGAGGGAGUCUGACUGAACUUGCUGGCUCCCACUCACUCUGCCCCAAUUUUCCUCAGGACAAAUGAGAAGAACCUGUCUCCAAGUGCAAGAUUUUGGGAAUAUGUGUCAGAGAUGCCUGUCAGUAAAACAUCCGUCUUGCCCUAAUUUCUGCAUGGAGUGCUGCAGUGUCGAGUGAAAUAACCUUCCAAGCUGGCUCUGGUGCAGAGGAAGUAAUACGCAAUGAGAAAACUCCCAUCAUCUGUGCAUCAGGGGGAGAAUUACUGACUGAGUGCUGAGCAGUCAAGUUAUUGAUUCAAACCAAAGCCCAGUCUCUCUGUCUGCUGGGCUGGUUACAUCCUGCUGGUUCAUUGCAUUUAAUCGGAUUCCCUGAGCUGCCACGCAGAGGGGGUGAGUUAGAACCAGAUCCAUCUAUAAUGUUUGCUUCAAAAUCCAGUUCUGUCUCCCCUUCUCCGUCCAUGGAGCAGGCAGAUUCGGAUGCUCUGGACAUCAGCACCAAAGUGCAGCUGUACGGUGUGCUCUGGAAGAGACCCUUUGGGAGGCAGUCAGCCAAAUGGUCCAGGAGGUUCUUCAUCAUUAAGGAAAGCUUCCUGCUGUACUAUGCUGAGAGUGAGAAGAAGAGUUUUGAAAGCAAUAAAUACUUCAAUAUCCAUCCCAAGGGUGUCAUACCCCUGGGAGGCUGCAUUGUGGAGCCCAAAGAAGAGGCCAACAUGCCUUAUGCCAUAAAGAUCUCUCAUGAAGACUUCCAUGGUAACAUUGUUCUAGCAGCCGAAUCAGAGUUUGAGCAGGCUCAGUGGCUGGAGAUGCUGCAGGAGUCUGGAAAAGUGACCUGGAAGAAUGCUCAAUUGGGAGAAGCCAUGAUCGAGAGCCUGGAAGCUCAAGGACUACAGCUGGCCAAGGAGAAACAGGAAUAUUUAGAUAAAUUAAUGGAAGAAACAGAAGAGCUAUGUCUGCAGAGGGAGCAAAAAGAGGAACUCGAGCGUCUGAACCAGAUCCUGGAAGCAGAGAAGCAGCGUUUUGAAGAGGUGGUGCGGGAGCUGCGGCUGGAGCAGGAGGAGAUCAGACGGGAGCUGGAGCUCACAGCCCGCUCCCUUAAAGGAGUGGAGGAAGAGAAGAAGGAGUUGCGAAGCCUGACAGAGUCCUUACAGAACACCCUAGAGGAGCUUUCCCUGGAAAAACAGCAAAUGCUGGAGAUGCUGGAAGAAAAUGAGAGCCAGGUCCCACCUCCAACCAGCCCCAGCAAGGAGCAAAGCCCCAUCUGGGGACUGCACUGCAGCCUGCGACAGAUUGAAGAGAAGAUGCAGCAACUUCUGCAGGAGAAACUCCUGGCAGAGAAAAGGAUGAAGGAGAAUGAGGAGCGGUCUCGAGCACUGGAGGAGGAGCGGGAAUUUUACUCUUCCCAGUCGCAAGCGCUGCAGAACUCGCUCUCGGAGCUGACUGCAGAGAAACAGCAGGCAGAGAGAGACCUCAAGGCUGAAGUGAAGGUACGCAUGGAUCUGGAGAAGAGACUGAGAGAGGCUGAGGAAGCCUUGCAGAGCUUGGAGCAAGGCUUAAAUUCUCUGAAUUGCAACAAGGAGAAAGAGAAGAAGAUGAAAGCAGAUGUCAGUAACUUGAGAAAGUUCUUUGAAGAGUGCAUCCGCAACGCUGAGCUGGAGGCCAAGAUGCCUGUGAUCAUGAAGAACUCCGUGUACAUCCACAAGGCUGCCACUCGCCGCAUAAAGAGCUGCCGCUUCCGCUGCCGGAGAACCAGCGCUUCCUGGAAUGACAUGAAACAGUCACAGUCCUUCAUCUUCUCACAUGCAGAAGCUGAAAACAUUGAAGAGCUGAAAGAAGCAGCCAGAAGACUGAGCCGGGACCAGCGCUUUAGGAAAACUAUCUAUCAAAUCAUGAGGUCACAAAAGGAUUCUGCUUCAGGGGACAAAAAGUGAUGCUUCCUGGGAGGGGGCUUCUGAGAUCAGCCUGCCAUUCAGCUCUGCAAAAGUUACAGCCUUGGGCACAAGGCUCAGAAGGGAGAUCUGGCAUUUGGUGGGGAAGGUGGGGGAGAGUUGUGUGUAGGCAAUCCCUUCAGUUAUUGGCUUUGCUUUAGUUUGAGUGCUCCCUGCAGCCUGGCAGACCUUCUCUGCUGAUCACUCCAGACCUGUUUGCUUCAGCUGCUUACAUUAAGCCAUGUUUGGCCAAGAUGCCACAGUCAGUGUUAAAGUGAACCAGAGACCGUAGCUUAGGAAGUGCCUCUCCUUUCCUUCCCUGUCUAGUCUGUCUGCCAAACACAAGUGCUUUGAGGAAACCUGUAGCAUCUAUGUUCCAGCUAGUGUAAUCUCCUCAGCUGAACACAGCUCACCCUGUUCUGCCUGAUCCCCUCUAGGAGUUGGCUCACUGCACACCCUCAGUCAAUCAGCACUUCGGUGGGGCACAUUUCCUGAAGACUGCAGCAGUCCCAGCCUCCCAAGCACAGGCAAAAGUAUCAAACACAGGGCCAAACUUUUUGUCUUGAUGCUACGUUAUUUCAAGCAAACAGCAACAACACAAGGUGAAGACAACAGGAGGAUGCUGUGGAUUUGGGUCCAAGGAGGAUCAUGUAGAGAGAAGAGCUUAUAGGUAACUCAAUGGCAUUGAUGCAAGCUAGAGGGAGGAUUCUGUUGUGUUGAUGGUGGGCAGAACAUUCCAGGGCCACCUUUGCACAUUUUUUGCACUGGGACAUCUAGCUGUGUCAGAACUAGGGAAGGUGUUAGCUAUUGGCUAUCUGUUCCUCAGUGUGGAGAAGCCUUUGACACAGUUUUGAUGGCUUCCUCAAGACCUCUGUAAAAUAAGUUGGAGGGCAGGGGGGUGAGGACUGUCCAGCAACAAAACCCAUUGCCACUUCAGGCAAGCUGUAAGAGCUGUGGAAGAGGAGUCCAGGAGAGGAGUUACUGUGUUGUGGAGCCCCUUGCAGCCUCCCCCACCUAUUUUGAGCAAGCAGUUGGCUAAUAAUUACCCAUGCUGUAGGAACAGCACUGCCUGGUGCUUACAGACCACAGGAUAAGCACACUCAGAGUGACACCCAGUUUUCUCCUGCAUAUUAAUUGGGAAAUAAAUAUGCAGGAGAAUAAAGUAAGCAGCAGAAGUACAGUUAGGGGUUAGGGGGUGGUAAACUGCAGAUUUACUUUACCUUUCAUGGCAUCAGGACCCCCAGGUAUUAUGUAUGUCCAGUGACACGUAGGUAGUUGCUUGCUACUGUCCUAUUCAGACUGUGACAGGGUCUUCUCACAGCCUUUGGCUUCUGGCCACCUACAUAAUUCCCUAUAAAUUUAGUGUUGUUCCUAGGGAGAAGUCAAGGAUGAGACUGGGAAGCAAGCUUUGGCUUACCAACCAGAGGAGAGUGGUUAAUGCUGGGUGGAGGAACAUCCUGUGACAGUGCUCCUGGAUGGAAUCACUCUAGUGUGACCAGAGGAAAAGCUUUGAAAGCACAGCCUGUACUUCCCAUUUUAGUCAGUUACUGACUAGUAUCCUUCUGCCAGGCAUUGGGAUGUUUCAUCCAGUCAGAGGAUCCAGCUCUGAAGGAGGAUGUUUUUGUGAUAACAGGUGAUACAGUAGGAGAAGAUUGUUUCCAUCCCUCCUUAGCAUACCUGAUCCUUCUGUCGUUUAUCUGCUUGUGUUUAUAUGCUAGAAAGCCACAAAUGAAUUCUUGCUCCUACAAGGCUGAAGGGCUGUGAUAAAGCAAUACAGAAAUGUUUUUUUUUCCUUUAUGCUGCUCCCACAUCAUCUCUGGCUAUUUUCCAGUUACAAGGUCUAUAUUAGGUGAUGCUAAAAGGGACAGAAUAAAGGAGAGCUAGGGAAUGCAUCUAUAAUUCAGGCAGUUAGAAAAAUCACCCUGUGGCCUGUGAAUACAACAUUUUUGUUCUAUUACCAUGAAAGCCACAAUACCUGACUCUUCAGAAGUAUUGUAUGCAGGAGGUAGCACAUCAGGUCUUCCUUUACUGUGCAUAUUGACAGCAAUAAGUAAA